UUCAGUCAGUCAGUCAGUCUCUCUCAGGCAGCUUCAGGUUCGGUUCGGGUCUGGAAAUGGGUCGGCAGGGGCAGAGAUGGUCAGUGUGGAUCCUGUUAUUCGGAUUGUCAGUGUCUGUUAGCGGGAUAACACGACAGGAACUCUUUCCCUUCGGGAGGAGCGCAGGCGAUCAGUCUCUUGAUGAAGGGACCGAUGAGACGCACGAGAUCACUCUGGAAAAGCCUGUCACGUUUUACGACGGACAGUUCAACAAGAUUUACAUCAACACCAAUGGAUUUGCUGCCCUGGAGAAGCCUACAGUAGAGUCGGAGUACCUGGGCAACAUGCCGGCCAGUUUUAAGAUGAUCGCUGCUCUACAAGGCGACCUGGACACCAGCGACGGCGUCGGAAAGGUCUUCUUCCGCCAGGACUCGAGUCCUGCUCUUCUCCAACAGGCGGCCGAUCACAUCAACAGAGCCUUUCCUGAGGAUGAUACGGUGAAUCCCAUCCACGCGCUGGUGGUCACAUGGGUGGAUGUGGCCUAUCAUAGGGCCGAGAGCAGAGGAGACGGCCUGGAACACACCGGAAGACGAAAUACGUUCCAACUGGUGAUUGCUUCUGUGGAGACGAUGUCGUACGCGAUACUCCUCUUCCCGAGAGAGUCGAUGCAGUUCCAGAGCACCGGCGACAGCUUCACGAUGCACGCCGGCUUCAGCAAAGGACAGGAGACACGCUUUAUCUUCUCCAAGAUACAAGGACCGUACUAUCGCAUCACAGACGACACCGAGGCAUCGGUCAGGAACUUAGCGGAGCGGACUAACUCUGGGAAGCGCGGCGUGUGGGUGUAUGAGAUCGGGACGUUCCCUCACUUCACGAACGUCGCCCCUGGAGAAGUGCUGGAUAUUCCCUCGGAUUCCCACACAUUCAGGACCGCAGGAACACACAACCAGCAAGUCCAGGUCUAUCCCGAUAUCCAACAGGAGAACCUGGAUGGAGUUUACCAUCGUCCAGAACACCCUCCUCCCAUUCAGGUGCACACGGUUCAGUUCACACCACAAGAUCCCGAGGUCGUGGAACUCGAGAAUGAGGACAUCAAUGUGCACGUAUUUACGUACAACUCUGGGGAUUGUGGCGGGCACAGAUGCUCCAAAUUUGGCGAAUGUAGGAAUAAUCCGAGUGGAAGAUGCUGCCAGUGCAAGCCUGGAUACUACGGCAAUGGGAUUCAAUGCGUAUCUGAUGGGAUCCCUCAGAGGAUGAACGGUAAAGUGAGCGGCAGGGUGUUCGUGGGAGACUCGCCGGUGCCCGUGGACUUUGCUAGCAACGAUCUCCACUCGUAUGUGGUGGUUAAUGACGGCAGAGCCUAUGUGGCCAUCAGCGCCAUCCCAGCGAUCGUGGGCUUCUCUCUUCAGCCGCUGUCGUCCGUCGGGGCGGUCAUCGGAUGGGCUUUUGCACUUCAGCAGCCGGGCUUUAAGAAUGGCUUCAGCAUCAUUGGCGGAGAGUUCAAGCGCCGGGCCGAUGUGACCUUCCAGCCGGGCGGAGAGAGGUUGACCAUCUCUCAGGAGUUCAAAGGCAUUGAUGAGCACGACCACCUGAUGGUCGACACCAGACUCGAAGGAAAGAUUCCCGAGGUUCCUCAGGGAGCCAAGAUUCAGAUCGACCCCUACACCGAGAUCUACCAGUAUAGCAGCAACUUGAUCACCUCUUCAUCCACACGGGAGUAUGUGAUUGAUCUACAGGACCGUUCGACCCAGAGCAGAAGCUACACCUUCAGAGAAACCAUCACGUUUCAGGGCUGCCAGCACGAUGACCCCGGCAGAGCCACGCCGUCCACACAGAUGCUCAGCGUCGACCAGGUGUUCGUCAUGUACGAUAUGGGCGAACAGCUCUUGCGUUACGCCAUGAGUAACAAGAUUGGAGACAUCAACGGUGGACAGACGGAAGAGAACGCUUGCUUCACCGGGAGACACGGCUGCGAUACUAACGCCGUAUGCCGACCCGGACAAGGAAACCAGUUCACAUGCGACUGUGCCGCGGGCUUUACUGGAGACGGACGCACUUGCAAUGACAUCGAUGAAUGCAGGGAAACCCCUCAGAUCUGUGGGCCGAACGCCGUCUGCAACAACCAGCCGGGAACGUUUCGCUGCGAGUGUCGGGACGGCUUCCAGUUCGCUAGUGAUGGACAGACAUGUGUUGAAGUGCACCGUCCCGUGGACCCGUGCCGCACCGGCACUCACGACUGUGACGUCCCUGAACGCUCUCGCUGUAGUUACACCGGCGGAUCCUCCUACAUCUGCUCCUGCUUGCCGGGAUUCAUGGGAGAUGGACGAAGCUGUCAGGACAUAGACGAGUGUCAGGUGAGCCAGUGUCAUGAGAAUGCCGUUUGUUUCAACACACCUGGAUCUUUCACCUGUCAAUGUAACGCUGGUUUUUAUGGCGACGGAUUCCGCUGCUCUACAGACCGUGAGAAGACACGCUGCGAGCUGCAUAAGGAGAGCAUUCUGGGCGCUGGGUUUGAGCCUCGUGGUCCUCGUCCGAUGUCCGGUCAGUAUGUGCCGACCUGUGAUGCCCAGGGCGCAUACGACGCCAUGCAGUGUCACGAUAGCAUUAGGCAGUGCUGGUGUGUGGAUCGUGAUGGAGAGGAGAUCUCUGGCACUCGCAUGGGACCCGGAAGCUUUCCUGAGUGUCCUGGUGAUGAAUUUCCCGGCCCGAUUAGACCAACUCCCAACCCAGACGUUAGUCCUUUGCCUCCCGGCAGUCACAUCCUCUUCACCCAGAGCGGGAAGAUUGAGUACGUUCCUCUGGAAGGUCAUGACCUGAAGAAGAAUGAAGCCAAGACUGCGCUGCACCUCCCGGAGAAAGUGGUGAUUGCGAUUGCUUACGACUGCUUGGAGAAGAUGGUGUAUUGGACAGACAUCAGCACACCUGCUAUCAGCAAAGCUAAUCUACAAGGAGGAGAGCCCGUCCAUCUCAUUAAAUCAGAUCUUGGCAGUCCUGAGGGCAUCGCUAUCGACCAUCUGGGCAGAAACAUGUUCUGGACAGACUCCAUGAAGGACAGAAUUGAAGUUUCCUCAUUAGACGGAUCCCAGAGGCGUGUCUUGGUUAACACAGACCUGGUUAACCCGAGAGCUAUCCUCACCGACCCCACCAAUGGCUACAUCUACUGGGCCGACUGGAACAGGGACUCCCCUAAAAUUGAGAUGGCUUACAUGGACGGCACAAAUCGGAGGGUCCUGGUCAAGGAUGACUUGAGCCUCCCCAACGGUUUAACUCACGACCCUCGGACGUCUCUGCUGUGCUGGGCGGACGCCGGUACACAUAAAGUGGAGUGCAUGAACCCGCAGCAGGGCAGUCGGACGCAGCUUAUGGAGGAAAUCCAGUAUCCCUUCGGAUUGACUACUGAUGGAAAGAACCUCUACUACACUGACUGGAUGAGGGGUGCUGUAGUCGUGGUGGAUCGCUACUCUAGAAGAGAGGUCGAUGAGUUCCAGCCCCAGAAACGAACACGUCUGUACGGGAUUACCACGGCACACGCCACCUGCCCAUCUGGUCAAAACUACUGCUCGACCAAUAACGGCGGCUGCACACACUUAUGUCUGGCGACCCCUGCUGGCCGAUCAUGCAGAUGUCCCGACAACGCUGUCGGACUGGGGUGUGUGGAGCAACUGUAACUCGGCACGAACUGAAGAAGAUUCAGUCACACGACCCUUCAUCUGAAUCUGGUGUGAAGCGCCGUCCGUCAUGAUCCACUGAAACAUGCAAUGAAGCCACACUUUCUAUUAAACAUUUUGAAAUGCAUCCUUGCCUUAAAUAUGCUCAUGGUGCUUUAAAGAGCAAAUACAUGCUAAUUAGGUCAUUGUGAAUAUCUCUAACAACUAACAUUAUUACCCCGAUACUGAGAGUAUCCUUUCUAAACAAAUAAUGAGACAAUUGUGACAUAACCUGACAUAAAUACAUGUUUACACAUACAACUGUUCAAUAAAAUCAUAUUUUGUUUA